CUCAUUGACAAUUGGUCACAGACGGACGUGACCAAGGUCGCGUGUUGCAGCCGCUGUACGCGUCCGUUGCAUAUUGUUUAAUUUCUUUGAACCUGCGAUCGUUUCACACAGAUUAUGAUCGACCGAGGCGAACACACACGCGCCCCCAAGUCGCACACCAAUCAAUCAUGGCUAAUAACCCGACACGUUUCGACGUAUUCCGAUACAGGUAACCGAUCGCGAGUGCGCGGCUAACAUAUUAUUAUAAUAUACAUAGUUACUGUAAUAGUGUUAGUGUCGUUUUAAAUUAUAUUUUACUCGUUUCUACUUUCGGCUGAAGUUCGAAUUUCUUACCGUCCGGGACGACCGACUGACCGACCGCCGCCGAUAAACCGGUAAAAACCGUUAAAACCCGUUCGCGUGCCGCCAAAGUGUGCGAAAUAUUGUAAAUUACAGUAUUCGAAUAUAUUUAGAAUAAAUUGAUGUUGGUGUACAUAAACUAAAAUAUAGAUACAUAAUAAUAACGUUUAAAAUACAGUAGUGUGACAAUCGCAACCGCAGCCGCAGAGUCGCCUCAGCCGUGUUGUAUUAUAAUAUAUUGUUAUAAUAUUAUACGCUGUGAAAAUGAAGGUUUCACGCAUCGUCAACAUCAUUCGAGUCAGCGCGGUUAUGUCGCUGUUGCCGGCCACCGGUCUGACCGCGGACACCAAGUCUUCGGUCGAAGUCGUUAGCAACCAAGAAAAAAGACAAAUAGAAAACGAAUGGGGAUCGACGUCGAAAAAAGACCACAAGGGACCGAACACUUACGAGUUUAGAUACGACGUGGAAAACGCGCCGUCCAACAAUAUCCAAUACCGCAUGGAAGAGCGACACCCAAACGGAAGCGUAGUGGGCAGUUACGCACAAGUGCAGCCGGAUGGCAACGUAAGGGUAGUGUCGUACGUCGCAGACAACGAUGGCGUCAAGACUUACGUUAAGAACAACGGAGCAACUCCUGGCAACGGAGAUCAGUACGUGGCAGAAGGAUCUAGUCUGGAUCCGGUACAACGGGUAUCCUCGCAAAUCCUGCAAACGGGAUUGCAGUCACAGCAGCAACACAAAUCUCCACUUUUCGACAAGUACCAUAGACCGACGCCAUCUAGCUCAAGUCGUGUGGACAACGCGCAUGUGUAUCAUCAACAACGAACCAACAUCGAUCCAUCGUCUUUCCGACCAGAGGAUUCGCAAGGCUACCAGGAAACCCAUCAGCCGUUCGUUGGCGACCAUCUUAAAGACAAGCUACAUUCUUCGUACGCCGAGUACCGCGUGCCGACCGCGACGGCCAGUCCCGGGCAAUUUGUACAAGGCACGCCUCUGACGGUACUGCCAUACAACCUGCAAGGCCCUACAGCCUCGCCCGUACAGCCUACCCAUCCGCCAUCUCAUUACGUUCUCAACGUGCCUCCGUUACCGUCCUUGGGGGACAAUUCGCCACUGCCAUUGUUGCCCGGCCAACAACCGUUACCCAUCACACCGGACAGAGGCCCCAUAAUGAUCCAACUUCAGCAGCCGCCGCCGCCCGGCCCGACCCCACAGGCCAACUACCAGUAUCAGCCCACGCAGUUAUACCAACAGCAGGCGAGGGUGUCGCCACAGCUACAGCAACAGCUCAUUCAACAACAAUACCAACAGCAACCGGUGAGGGUGCAGCCACCCGCGCAUUUGGUCCCUCAGCAGCAGCAGCAAACGCGUUUGGCGUCGUCACAGCUACCUCAGCAGCAGCAACAACAAACGCGUUUGGCGGCGUCACAGCUACAGCAGCAACCGCAGCAGCAGUCCGUCAGGAUAUUGUCGCCGACGCCGCAACAGCAGCAGCAGCAGCAACAACAAGCUAGGUUGGCCGCACAACAGGUUGUACCACAACAAGUGCAUCCGAUACAGUACCAGCCGCUGCCCAACGCCGUGUACCAGCAUCCACCUCAGCUCCUUAAUACUCAACAGCAACAACAACAACAUGCGGUCCACAUACCACAGCAGCAACAACAACAGUAUCGAGGGCAGCAGUCCACGCCGCUGCAGUACUUCCAUCAACCCAAUCCGGCUACUACGGUGGAACAAUACAGACAACAGUUGCAACUUCAAGCCGCCGAGUCGGAAGCGCAUCCCGUGUUCGUGUUGCCGCCUGAUGAUAGACUUUUCGAUUUUGCCGGAAAAACGUUCCAUCUUAAGGUUUAAUAUUUUUAAUUGUAAUGUUUUUUGUAUGGUCAUUAUGUUGAAUAAAGUU